AUGUCUUCAGAAGCAUUCAACCCGAAUCCGACCAUCUUUGCACCUUCAAAGGCCAAAAAGGCGGCGCACGCCUACGCGAAGCCGCACUCGCUCUGGCUAGAUGAUGGAGAACAGACAGAGGACGAAGAAUACGAUCAAUCGGACGAACCGGAGGGUAUUGACCAAGAUGAGAUAUUUGAGCUCAUCCGGUCAAUAUCCGACCCCGAGCAUCGAAGCAUGUCUCUCGAGCAGCUUGCGGUCGUGUCCGCACCACAAAUCACAUUCGACACCAAGUAUCCGGAUAGGAUCACCGUGGAGUUCACACCAACAGUGCCUCAUUGCGGCAUGAGCACAUUUAUUGGACUUUCUAUACGAGUGCGCUUGUUGCGAAGUCUGCCUCAGCGGUUCAAGGUGGACAUCAAAGUCAAACCGGGAUCGCAUCAGAGCGAGCACGCACUGAACAAGCAACUCAACGACAAGGAACGUGUAGCCGCGGCGCUAGAGAAUCCCGCCCUUCUUGAGGUGCUCGAGCAGUGUCUCUCGACGGUGGGAGAGGGGGAACAUGAUCAUGAACACUGA